AUUGCCACGCCCAAACCCCCUGCAGCCCACCCAUAACUAGCGAUGGUAUGCCCGGAGGGUGGAGGAGGUGCCACCGCCAUCGAGCAGCAGGAGUGCCUAUGCGUCAUCAAGGACCCCCGGAAGGACUCACAGCAGAAGCGGUUCUGCGUUAAGGUUCGCUCCGCGUACACGGUGGCCAAGCUGUACGAGGAUGUGGCCACCCAGACGAUCUUUCCGGACUUUGAGCUGGUAAUGCCGAACAGCGGUGCAGAUGCCGUUGACUACGAGGAGGCUGCGUUCGAUGGGAUCUCCCUGCACGACAAAAAACACAAAAAGCUAAUCGAUGUCGGCAUCGACUUUGGCAUCCGCAACACGCUGCACAUAAUUCCCCGCGUGGAGGACUACUCGAGCGCGAACAUCACGGUCGAAACGGAGAUGUCUUCCGACGACGAUCUGGCGCUAGGGGCGUCGGCCAGUCCGGUCGAGUCGGCCAACUACAACAUGCCUGCACCGCCACCCCUGCCAGCGUUGACCAGCCCGACGUACUCGGCGGCCGCGUACGGUACAAACCAGAGCAUUACCACGUCCAGGUUGCGGCAUUACAACGGUAGUGAUCAGCCUUCGUCGUCCGGGGGGAGCAGUAACAACUACCGUGGCUUGGUGAACCAGGCUAUGACCUGUUAUUUGAACAGUUUACUUCAGGCUCUGUUUAUGACGCCGGAGUUCCGGAACGCAUUGUACAAGUGGGAGUUUGACGGUAAGGACGAAGCCAAAUCCAUCCCGUACCAGCUGCAGCGACUGUUUGUGAACCUUCAGACGUCUCCGAAAUCUGCGGUUGAGACUACCGACCUGACGCGCAGCUUUGGGUGGGAUUCGGCCGAGGGUUGGCAACAGCACGACAUCCAGGAACUGUGCCGCGUCAUGUUUGACGCGCUGGAGCAAAAGUUCAAGCACACCAAACAGUCCGACCUGAUCAACCGGCUGUACGAAGGUCGCAUGAUCGACUACGUCAAGUGUCUAGAGUGUAACACGGAUAAACAGCGCGAGGACAAGUUCCUGGACAUUCCGCUGCCGGUGCGGCCGUUCGGAAGUACCGUCGCGUACGAAAACAUUGAGGACGCGCUGCGGGCGUUCGUACAGCCGGAAAUCCUGGACGGCAACAAUCAGUACCACUGCGAGACGUGCAACAAAAAGUGCGACGCCCACAAGGGCCUCAAGUUCACCAAGUUCCCGUACAUCCUGACGCUGCAUCUGAAGCGGUUCGACUUUGACUACCAAACCUUGCACCGUAUCAAGCUGAACGACAAAGUUACCUUCCCGCAAACGCUGAACCUGAACAACUUUGUGAACGCGGUGCCCACUCAGUCGCCGACAGCAGCAACCGCUCCCGAGGUCACCACCAACGGCCACAACGGAACCACGGUGACAAACGGCCAGUCGGCUCAGAUGGAGACGGCGGAGAAUUUCAUGAAGACGUGCGACGAGUGCAGCACCACCGACAGCGGGUCCGCCCUCGAGGAGGAUUCGGCCUUCCAGAACGGGGGCGGUGGCACUUCGGUGUCUUCCACGACGACCACACCAAACGAUCAGUUUAUGGCGCAGGACGAUGACGAGGGCAUUGACAUGGAGCUGAACGGUGGCUCGCCCUCCGUCAGCAACUUCAACGCGCCCGGUCCGUACGUGUACGAGCUGUUCGCGAUCAUGAUCCACUCGGGCAGUGCCAGCGGUGGCCAUUACUACGCGUACAUCAAGGACUUUGACUGUUCCAAGUGGUUCUCGUUCAACGAUCAGACCGUUUCGACGAUUACCCAGGAAGACAUCCAGAAGUCGUUUGGAGGGGGAUCCUCCAAGACGUACUACUCGGGCGCGUACAGUUCCAGCACGAACGCGUACAUGCUGAUGUACCGGCAGAUCGAUUCGUCCAAAAACAGUCACCCCAUCAAGGAGGAGGAGUUCCCCGACCACAUCAAGAAUCUGGUCGGAAAGAUCCGCGACUCGGACGCGGCCGGUCGCAGCCCGAUCGACUCGGACGCGCUGCACCUGAAGGUGUACUUUGACAAUCCGCGCACGCGGGCCAUCAAGAGCUACAAGAUGUACCUGCUGAACGACAGCACGAUGACGGAGGCGCUGGAGGAAGCGUACCGGACGCUGCAGGUCAAGGGCAUCGUGCCGAUCGAGCGGUGCCGCCUGGUGGCGUACGAUCGCGCCCGCGAGGAGAUCGAGCGGAGCUUCGAGGGGGAGGACGAUAAGAGGAUUGACGAAGUCAUGCGAUCGCUGGAAAAGUGCAGCGAAGUCCUGCUGGAAACGCGCGAAGAGCACGAGGUGUUCGAGCCGUACCUGCCGGAGGGCGUCAUGACCAAGGUGUACCGCAUUGACCUGGCCACCCGCGACGUGGACGGCCCGAUCUCGAUCCGCGCCAGCAAAACCCAAACCGUACUGGACUACAAGGUGAUUGUGGGCCGCAAGCUGCAGCUGAACCCUAAGUCGCUGAUGCUGGCGGUGAACGAAUACAAGGAGGUCAGCAAGAUUUUGGGGGAUAAUGACGCUACGCUGCGCGACGCCGGCUUCAUCCAGUACUGCAAGGUGUUUGUGACGGUGAACAAUUGCGCGGAAGAUGCGGACUUUGGGGCGAAGUUCAAGGCGUUCGUCUCGCGGCUCGAUCACAUCAUUGGGAUGUACUUUGUGCUGCCGAAUAUGGAUCCUGAAUCCCUCAAGAAUCUGUCGAUUCCACGGUACGUUCCAAAGACGAUCCCGACGACGACGACGACGUCCACGCCGGACGUCCAGAUGGCGGGCAACGACAGCAACAGCGAGGACAGCAGCCUCAGCGACAACGAUCGGACGCUGGUGGAGGACGAUCUGCACACGGCAGCGGCGGCGACGAAUGGCGAUACGCACCUGACCAACGGGUUCAGCAAUGGCGGGUCGACCAACGGUGGUGGUGGCGCCGGUGGCUUCGUAGACGAGGACGACGAGGAGGAGACGUACCUGGCCGAGUGGAGAAACAACGAUUACUACUUCAAGGUGACCCCGGUCGAGUACCACAACCCGAACGGGGACUCGGGCGCCGAGGACGACAGCAGCAGCAGUAGCGACGGCGAGAAGGUCAUUCGGGUUCUGAUCGAUAAGCGGGCCAGCCAUGGCUAUCUAAAGUAUCGUCUGCAGUCGCAUCUGCACGUGCCGAUGGAGUAUUUCAAGCUGAUUAAGAACUCGGGCUCUGGAAGUCAGCAGGAGGUGACGAUCCUGAAGGAGGAACUGAACUCGUACAAGGACGGUGACCGCCUAACGAUCGAGCUGGGUCGGGUACUGCGCAAGGGCGAGUACAAGGUCAGCCUGUACUACCUGAACGUGGAGCAGAUGACGGACGAGUCGGAGAAGCUGCCCUUCCUGUGCACCUGGAUCGUGCGCAACGGGCAGCAGGUUGGCCAGGUCAAGCGUGACAUAUUGGCCCACCUGGCGACACUCGCCAACCACAAGGGUGCGCCGCCCUUCGAUAGCUGCCGAUUGCGCAAGAAGUGCUGGAAGAGCAUCUCCAAGGUCUACACGGACGACAUGCACAUCGGGGACGAAACGGUCAAGCUGACGAGCAAUUCCGAUCUGAUCCUGCAGGAGUGCGAAGAUCUGGGCAUGGUGACCCCCACGCACUACAACGACGUGGUUCUGCUAGUCCGACGAUGGCAACCAGCCGAGAUGAAGCUCGGAAAGGUCCAGGAGAUCCUGUUUCCAAACAAGUGCGAACUGAAGAACCUGCUGUCCCAGCUGAGCGGCAUCCCCGAGGAGAACCUCGAGUACGUCAAGCUGCAGCUGCGCGAUUCGGUGUCCUUGCUGACGAUCCACACCGGUCUGCAGUGGACGUCGACGCCGGCGCGAUCCGACGACUACACCUGCAGCAACAACUUCCAGGACGGCAACAUGGUCUACUACCGUGACAAAACGGAACCGCUGCUGGAGCUGACUCCGGAAGAGCGCAAGGAUCUCACCAAGAAGGACACCCGCGCCAGCUCGACGUACUCGCCGCGCAAGGAGCGCGCCCUCAAGAUCUACGUGGACGCUUCGCCCAAGAAGGCCGACGACUGAUUGCAGCUGGUGGCGACGAUGACGACGGCGGCGGCCACUUCCGGCGGUGCCAAGCGAAGAAAGUGUUGCAUGUGAUUAUACCGAAGCCUGAGCCAGUAAGAGCGAGCAGCAGCAGCAAGAGUAGAGAAGAAGCAGCGCGCUUGUUUGCAGCAGCAGCAACUUGUAAGUUUGAACGUGUGUGUGUGUAUGCGUGUGAAUGUGCGUCAAACUUGUGUAUAGACGAUGUGACGGGGAACGAGUGAAUGAGACAGAGAGAGAGAGGGUUAUGGUUCCAGAUACUUGUCGGCCCGUUACCGAGAUCACUCGACGACUGGAACUGGUUUCCGUAAUUUGGUUUUUUGAUUCGGUUCUGGUUGGUCUCGCGCGUAUGUUUUCCGUUUUGUUAUCUCUUUGUUUAAGAAGAAAAUAUCAUGUUGGUUGUAAGGUUGCACCCCCCUCCUCCUUCCCACCUUUCUGAGUUCAGGCAGGAAAUUCCCCUCAAGCCUAUGUUUUUCUUCCAUCCCUUUCCCCUUAAAAAAUUAGAUAUUUCCCCCUUCCUUCAAACAAAAAAGGACAUUUAAAUAGUUGAAAAAAAGUAACCCGGAACAGAACCAUCGGCAAACGCCACGAACAGAAGAGAAUUUGUAGAACGCAAGCGCGAGCAUAAUAUAAGGCCUAUCAGCAAUUAUUUAUAACAUAGUAUUGCAUUCGUUUACAGUAUACAUAAUCUUCUAUUUUUAAUUCUAUAUUUUCACCCCACUCAUAAGUCGCAUAAGUCACAAAACGGCCGUAUAAAAGUGAGUGUGUCGUUUGCACUGCACACCCACACACACACAUAUACACUUGGUAUUGUGGUUGUUCAUCUUCAUUUUUGUUUGGUUUCGACACGUUCGACGGCGAUGAAUAGUGUAUCAUUGAUAGUUUUAAUAUGAUUAUUAUUACACCACACCACACCAUCAUCAUUAUAACUAUGGUUUGCGGAAUGCGCAAGCGCAAGUGCAAGCAAAAUGUGGAAUAAAUCUACCAAGAAUUGCUGUGGAAAGCAAAGCAAAAAAAAAAA